GAGCCUCAUUGAUUUUUUUGGCGUGACAACUGACCAGUACGUUUAAUUCCAGCAAAUAUAAAUUUCACAAUGAAAUUCUUCGCCGUCUUCGCUGCCAUCCUGGCCCUCGCGGCCGCCGCGCCCACCACCCAAUGGACCCUCAACGAGCUGUCUGAGGCCAUCCAGAACCCGGCCACCCCCGCCGAGUAUCUGCCCUACCUCGAGCACGCCCUUAACAACAUGAUGGAAAUGCUUUUCGCUGGCCAGCCUGCUGACUCCACUGUCGUGCUGACCCCCGUCGGUCUCCUGCCCGUCGAGAUCGCCUCCCCCGCUAUCGUGACGCCCGUCGAGGUCGUCGACACCCCCAUCGCCCCCGUCGCCCCCGGCGUCGUCGCUGAGCCCAUCGUCCCCGCCGCCAUCAACGACGCUUCUGGCAACCCCCUUGUCCAGAUCAUCGUCAACAUCAACCAGGAGUCCUCCGCCGCCGUUGAGGUCUCUCCCGUGGUAGUCCCUGAGGCUCCCGUUGAGAUCCAGCCCACCCCCGUGAUCGUCGUCGACGAGGCGCCCGUCGCUCCUACCCCCGUGAUAGUCGUCGAUGAGGUGCCCGUCGCUCCUACCCCCGUUGAGGUCGUGGACGCUCCUAUCGCCAUCGUGCCCGCUCCCACUCCCAUCGAGAUCGUGCCCGCUCCUGAGAACCCCGUUGACGUGAUCGCCGUCGAAACCCCCGAGGUCAACCCCGCUGAUCUGCUGGCGCCCUCGCCCAUCGUCGAGACCCCCGAGGUCAACCCCGCUGAUCUGCUGGCGCCCUCGCCCGUCGUCGAGACCCCCGAGGUCAACCCCGUUGACGUGAUCGCCGUCGAGACCCCCGAGGUCAACCCCGCUGAUCUGCUGGCGCCCUCGCCCGUCGUCGAGACCCCCGAGGUUAACCCCGCUGAUCUGCUGGCGCCUGCGCCCGUCGUCGAGACCCCCGAGGUCAACCCCGCUGAUCUGCUGGCGCCCGCGCCCGUCGUCGUCUAA